UUCCCGGGACUUGGAGCAGCGGCGGCCCCCGCCGUGCCGUCUCCCCAAGGCCAACCCAACAACUCUUUCUAAUAAAGCAGCCGUGUCGGCGCUGACCCCGAAAGCAGCCAGUGUCCAAUCAGAAAACAAAAAAGAAAUAUGCAAAUGAAAUGUAUCACGUUAGUCGGAGCGCUGAGGUCGACUCCGUACUAAAACUUCGCAAAUAAUCAUUCUUCAUAAAUACUUCCUUUAGAGCCGGCCUUUUCUCUGCUUGUGGAUCUAGUAUAGCUGCUGCAUUCUCCUAGAUUACUCUGUGGCAACAAAGAGACCUUUACUAUUAGCACUUCAACUGAAAGUACUUCAACUGAAAGACUUUCUAGUUGCUGCAUGGCAGAGGUAUCUGCGUGAAUUAAGUGGAUAGAAAGUGACAUGCUGUGGAUUAGCCGUUGAACGGUUUAAGAAGUUUAACCGCCCACUGCAGAACAGCUGAAGUCAGCUCAGUUGAGCAAACUGUUGAUUACUGUUGAGCAGUUACAUGCAGCAAGAUGACUGAUCCCAUCAUGGAUUUUUUGGAUGACGCCAAUUUGUUUGGUGGAGGAUUGGAAGGCUUGACGGAUGAUGGCUUUUCGCAAGCAGGACCAGUUUCAUUGGUUGAUGAACUAAACCUAAGUGCAGAUUUUGAACCUCUGCAGGUUGAGUCAUUGCACCAUGUACCAGAGACACAGGCACCCGAAAAAAUUAACUUCGAGCAGUUACAGACGUUUGAUUCACUGAAACUUCAUCAAGUGAACCAGCCGUUUAACUUGGUGGGCAGUGGUACUGAGACCAGUGUACUGUCCCCACAUUCCCAGUUUCAUUGUUCACCAGAUCAUCAGCAAAAUCAGGCAAAUGGGCUGUUCCCUUCUGCCCAUAAUGAUAGUAGUGGCCAAUCAUUUGUGGAUGGAAGCCCAAUGUGGGGUCACCAAAGCCCCAUUUCAAAUCAGAAUGGAUCACCAUUCCAUACCUUGCAAGCACAUUCACAGUCCAUAACCCCUUUUUUAACGCAUCAUGAUUUUCCUCUGCAUCAGUCCAGCCCGCAGCAGCAACAACCUGCAUCAGUGCAACCUCAGCAGAAUAUGAAUCAUUUCACUACAGGUCAGAAAGCUCUAAAUCAAGGCAAUCAAUUCAUGGGCGCCCAUGGAUCAACUUCAUCUCGUAUGACUCCAAUGGGCCAACCAACCACAACUGUAAGUUCAUCCACUCAACAACAUGCUGCUUCAGUGCAACAGUUUAACCAACCAACAACAACUCUGCCCAUGAAUCCAGUGCAUCCUAUUCGAUUCACUAGUAGUACCAACCACACUAGUGUACAUCAAAAUGUGAACUUCUCAAACUCAUCAGGAGACAUGACCCCUUGUUCCAUUAAUAAUUCAACCCAGUUUACUCCUCGGUAUUCCUACCCUAAUAACAAUCUAGCUAAUGGCAACAAUUUGACAUCUACUGCAAUCCUUUCAACUCAUCAGGUAACCCAGGCCAUGACUGGCUUCCCUGGGGGUGAAGCAUUCACAGUGCCGGCAGGGACCAACCAGGAACCAGCACAAAACGCGCUCAAUCCCAACAGUCCUGCUAAACAAAAGGUUCUCCAGUCUAUCCAUUCUGUAAGCACUCAGGGAAACUUCAGUCCUUCAAGUAUGCCCUCUGUUCAAACUGGUGUGCCAAUAACAAGCAACCCGGCUUCUCAGGUGAGACUUUCUAACACAUCAAGUCAAAGGAAACCAACUGGCUUUUCAUCUCUUCAGGGAAAUCCACUUUCACAGUCUCAGACACAUCCAUUGACCAGGAUGAAUACAGAUGAUGUUUUUCAGGGGCAGCUGUUAGCAACUUUUGGCCAAAGGGAUUCGUCCCCUGUUCCAAGAUCAAUGGCUCCACGGCAGUUGCAACAGCAGCAUCCAAACAUGCAACAAAAGAUGGUUAUUCAACAGCAAGUGCAUCAAGAACCAGCUACUGUUAGUCACACACACACUCAGCGUUGGCAGCCAUCAAUAACUAGCCAGCAUCGGCAGAUGAAGGGAUCAAUGCAGUUGACUUUGCAACGGCAGCCUCCUUCCUCUCAGACCACCAUUGAUAGUCCACAAACAACACAAAUUGUCAAAUUACAGAAUGCACAGCUGAUGACUGGAAACAAACAGCUAAGAAAGAAGGAAAUGCAGAACAAGCAGGAGAAAGCUAAUCGCAUCAUAUCGGAAGCAAUCGCUAAGGCUAAGGCACGUGGGGAGCAGAAUAUCCCCCGAGUGGUAAACCCAGCCUGUUUAUCCACUGGGUCUGCUCGAAAGGAAGAAAGGAAGUCCAGCAAGUGCAAAACAAAACAAAAAGAUAAAGAGUCAAAGAAGUCUAGAGCUGGUUUAUGUUCUAAGUCAAAGGAUAGAACGAAAAUAAACAAAAUCAUAAUCACACUGGGGAAAAAAAGGAAGAAUGAUUCAUCAGAAGACGGGUCGGAUACCGAACAGAUUCCCACACCAUCAAUAAAGAAAGAACCCAUCUCUGGAUGUCAAAAGAGACGAUCGAACAGACAAGUAAAAAGAAAGAAAUAUAACGAAGACACUGGGAUGAAGAUUUCAGAUGAAGAUGAUGGGGUAACUGCUAAAGGGAAAGCCAGGGCUGGUGCUGUUCUACCUGCUGAGCAACCUGUGCAGUUAUUUGUGGAAAACCCUAGUGAAGAAGAUGCUGCAAUUGUAGACAAAGUUAUGGCUUCAAGAUUAGUUAAAAAAGAGGUAGCCAUGGGACAUAUGGCUGAUGUUGAAGAGUUCUUUGUUAAGUACAAAAACUACUCAUAUCUGCAUUGUGAAUGGGCCACAGAAGCACAGUUGAUGAAAGACAAAAGGAUACAUCAGAAAGUGAACCGCUUCAAGAUUAAACAGGCACAGAGAGGCCAUUUCUUUGCAGCUAUGGACGACGAGCCUUUUAAUCCAGACUAUGUUGAAGUGGACAGAAUAUUGGAAUACUCAUGUUGUGAGGACACUGAUACUGGAGAGGCUGUUGUUUAUUAUUUGGUUAAAUGGUGUUCAUUGCCGUAUGAGGAUAGUACCUGGGAGCUUAGAGAAGAUGUAGAUCAAGGAAAGAUUGAGGAGUUUGAACGACUGCAGCAAGCAAAGCCUUCCCUGAAGCGUAUGGAACGACCUCCUGCCACUGCUUGGAAGAAGCUUGGGCAAUCCAGGGAAUACAAGAUUGGUAACAAGCUCAGGGAGUACCAGUUGGAAGGUGUCAAUUGGCUUCUUUUCAACUGGUAUAACAGGCAGAACUGCAUUCUUGCUGAUGAAAUGGGUUUAGGCAAGACCAUCCAGUCUAUUACAUUCCUUGACGAAAUUUAUCUGACUGGCAUCCAUGGCCCUUUUCUCAUCAUUGCGCCUUUGUCUACAAUUGCAAACUGGGAGAGAGAAUUUCGCACAUGGACAGACCUGAACGUCAUCGUUUAUCAUGGCAGUAUGAUCAGCAGACAGAUGAUUCAACAGUAUGAAAUGUACUUCCGGGACUCAGAGGGCCGGAUCCUUCGGGGAACAUACAGGUUCCAUGCUAUGAUAACUACUUUUGAGAUGAUCCUGGGUGGCUGUCCGGAGCUGAAUGUAAUUGAGUGGCGAUGUGUGAUUAUUGAUGAGGCCCAUAGACUGAAGAAUAAAAAUUGCAAACUGCUGGAGGGAUUGAAAAUCAUGAAUCUGGAACACAAGGUGCUGCUUACAGGAACUCCUCUGCAGAACACCGUGGAGGAAUUGUUCAGUUUGCUUCACUUCUUGGAACCCUUACGUUUUUCGUCAGAAACCACAUUCAUGCAGGAAUUUGGAGACCUAAAGAGUGAAGCACAGGUGCAAAAGCUUCAGGCGAUAUUGAAACCCAUGAUGUUGCGGCGUCUAAAGGAGGAUGUGGAAAAGAAGCUUGCUCCUAAAGAGGAGACUAUUAUUGAAGUAGAAUUAACCAAUAUUCAGAAGAAAUACUAUCGUGCAAUCCUGGAAAGAAACUUUGCCUUCUUAUCCAAAGGAGCUGGUCAGGCAAAUGUGCCUAACCUAGUAAACACCAUGAUGGAGCUCAGGAAAUGCUGUAAUCAUCCAUAUCUUAUAAAAGGUGCUGAAGAAAAGAUUCUAGGAGAGUUCAGAGAGAUGCACAGUCCAGUUGCUCCAGUCUUUCAUCUGCAAGCAAUGAUUCAGUCAUCCGGUAAACUAGUCUUAAUUGACAAGCUGCUCCCAAAGAUGAAAGCCGGUGGUCACAAAGUUCUUAUCUUCUCCCAGAUGGUGCGCUGCCUUGACAUACUUGAGGACUAUCUUAUUCAAAAGAGAUACCCAUAUGAGCGUAUUGAUGGGAGAGUUCGGGGAAACUUGCGACAAGCAGCAAUUGACCGAUUUAGCAAGCCUGAUUCUGACCGCUUUGUGUUCUUACUGUGCACAAGAGCUGGUGGUUUAGGCAUCAAUCUAACUGCAGCAGAUACUUGUAUCAUUUUUGAUUCAGACUGGAAUCCACAGAACGACCUUCAGGCUCAAGCUCGAUGUCACAGGAUUGGUCAGAACAAAGCCGUGAAAGUUUACAGGCUAAUAACUCGGAACUCAUAUGAACGGGAGAUGUUUGACAAAGCGAGUCUGAAGUUGGGUCUUGACAAAGCUGUGCUGCAGAGUAUGAACGGGCGAGAAAACAGUGUUGGAGGGAUGCAGCAAAUGUCCAAGAAAGAAAUUGAAGACCUGCUUCGCCGAGGUGCCUAUGGUGCAAUAAUGGAUGAAGAAGAUGAGGGUUCUAAAUUUUGUGAGGAAGACAUUGAUCAGAUUCUCAUGCGACGGACAAAAACCAUUACUAUUGAAUCUGAAGGAAGAGGUUCGACAUUUGCAAAGGCAAGUUUUGUUGCAUCAGGCAACAGAAGUGACAUUGCUUUGGAUGAUCCUAACUUCUGGCAGAAAUGGGCAAAAAAGGCAGAAAUUGACCUUGAAGCCAUACAUGGAAGGAACAGCUUAGUGAUUGACACUCCAAGAGUAAGGAAACAAACCAGGCCUUACAAUGCUGCUAAAGAUGAGUUGGCGGAAUUAUCAGAGGCAGAGAGUGAUGGGGAGGAUAGACCUAAACUACGCAGGCCAUAUGACCGAUGCCAUGCAUAUGGAAGAACAGAGUGCUUCAGAAUUGAGAAGAACCUGCUAAUUUAUGGGUGGGACCGCUGGAAAGACAUUCUAUCACAUGGACGGUUUAAGAGACGGCUAGUGGAACAAGAUGUGGAAACAAUUUGUCGUGCACUCUUAGUAUACUGCCUUGCUCACUACAGAGGAGAUGAAAAGAUAAAGAGUUUUAUCUGGGACCUCAUUACCCCAACAGAGGAUGGACAGACAAAGGAACUGCAAAACCAUCUGGGUUUGUCUGCACCAGUCCCAAGGGGCCGGAAAGGGAAGAAGGUGAAGAUCCAGGGAAGUACAUUUGACAUGCAGAAGGCUGAGUGGCUCAGGAAAUAUAACCCAGAACACCUGCUCCAGGAUGAUGGCUACAAAAAACAUUUAAAACAUCACUGCAAUAAGGUGCUUUUGCGAGUAAGAAUGUUGUAUUAUCUGAAGCAAGAAGUAAUUGGUGACCAGUUGGAAAAGGUGCUUGAUGGAGUAGAUGCUAGUGAAAUUGACAUUUGGGUCCCUGAGCCUGAACAGUCUGAGAUCCCUGCUGAGUGGUGGGAUGUGGAUGCUGACAAAUCGCUGCUCAUUGGAGUCUUCAAACAUGGUUAUGAAAAGUACAAUACAAUGAGAAAUGACCCUGCACUCUGUUUCCUAGAAAGAGUUGGCAAACCUGAUGAGAAAGCCAUUGCAGCAGAACAGAGGGGAAAUGAUACCUUUGCCGAUGGUGCAGAGGGGUACGGUUACUCUCAAUCAACAUGGGAUGGUGAAGAUCCAGAAUAUAAACCAACUCAACCAUUAUUCAAGGAUGAAAUGGAGGAUGCUGCAUCUUCUCCUGGGGAUCUAAUAAUUACAGACGGCCCUUUGGGGGAAGGUGAUCUGCUGUAUUGGCCAACGGCAUCUGCUUUAACAACACGCCUGCGUCGACUUGUAACCGCUUAUCAGCGCAGUAAUAAGAGAGAGCAGGUUAAACAGGAAGCGCAAACAAAAGGAGAUAGGAGAAGACGGCUUUGUGCUGACACUGUAAAAGCAAAGGAGGCUGCUAAAAUCGAGAAGCAGCAAAGGUGGACCAGGCGAGAAGAAGCUGAUUUUUACAGAGUUGUGUCUACUUUUGGUGUUGUUUAUGAUCCAGACAAGCAAAAAUUUGACUGGACCAAAUUCCGAGCUAUUGCCAGGCUGAAUAAGAAGACAGAUGAGAGUCUGCAGAAGUAUCUAUACGCUUUCAUUGCCAUGUGUCGAAGAGUUUGCCGCCUACCACCCAAAGAGAAAGAAGAGCUUCUCGAUCCACCCAUUUUCAUACAACCUAUUACAGAAGAACGUGCUUCCAGGACACUUUAUCGGAUUGAGCUGCUCCGGAAAGUGCGAGAGCAAGUUCUUCGCCAUCCGCAACUUGACGAGCGGUUAAAGUUGUGCCAACCAGGCCCAGACCUGCCGGAGUGGUGGGAGAGUGGGAAGCAUGACAAGGAAUUGCUUACUGGAGCAGCCAAGCAUGGUGUCAGCAAGACUGAUUAUCACAUUUUCUGUGAUUCGGAGCUUUCCUUCAUGAUGGCUCAAAGAAACUACAGCCAGAACAAAGUUACACAAUCCAGGAGUUCCACGCCACUCUUGCACCAUCAGUAUCCAUCUUCAUCCUCACCUCUCCAUUUACCAUCUAAGCUGCAAGAUAGGAAAAGUCAGUCCGAGACUGAAACUGUAAAGUGUGAAAGGACAGCAGUUGUAAAAAAGGAGCCACGUUCAUCUGAUGACGAAGAUGCAACGCACACUGAGAUUAAGAGUAAAGUGAAAUCAGAACAUUGGAGUGCUGUGGGUGGUUUUCAAUUGCAGAAUAGAUUAGACAAGAAGACUGGCAUUAAAUUGGACCCAGAUCCAGAUGGAUGUAUGGUUGCAGCGAGAACUCAACCCCUUACACCAAACUCUGUACUCAACAAACGAAAAGCAAACAGAGAAUGUUCUGAUUCUAGCUCCGAUUCAGACUCUGAUUCAGACAAUUCUUCUUCAUCAUCACCUUCAUCAUCAUCGUCGUCAUCAUCCUCAUCACAAUCUUCAUCGUCCUCCUCAUCCUCGUCAUCCUCUUCCUCUUCCUCCUCAUCCUCCUCGUCAUCGUCGUCGUCCUCGUCUUCCUCGUCAUCCUCUUCUGAUGAUAGUGACAGCGAUGAUAAACAGACCACUGCAGGUUGCACAGCACCACAGCACUUGAAGACCUAUGAUGAAGAUAGUGUAGCAUCUCUCAGUAUUACACAUGAUGAGACACAGGACAGCUUUCUACCAGAUAGUGGAAAGCCUGAUAGUCACUUCCUCCAAGAAAGACAUAGGUUUGCUGCCUCCUGCUGGCCAAAGGACCGCGUAAUGAUCAACAGAAUUGAUAGCAUAUGCCAUGCAGUGUUGAAAGGAAAUUGGAUUCCAUCAAGAAGAAGUUACGAUUACAAUGCUGUGACCUCAUCUUACACAACAAAACUGCUCGAUAGCCCUUCAGCCAUGGGAAAUUUCAGUGAUUCCACUAUUAUAACAUCAGGAAGCCAGGGUGUUAAAGAAGAUAAUUCUCUUUUGUCGCAGUUCACAAAGGUGAAGAAGCAUGUGCGAGAAAAGGAGUUUACAGUGAAAAUCAAUGACGAAGGUGGAUUGAAGUUAACUUUUCAGAAGCAAAGGCUCAGUCAGAAGAGAGCACUUGAGGCUGAAGAAGGAACUUCAGAUCAGCAGCAAUACAUGGCACGGCUGCAUGAUUUAUAUUCUGCUUCUGACAGCAGCCAGGAGUUGGCUGUGGACCUCUCCAAAUCUUUACUGGGUGCUGGGAGCUCCAACUCUUUGUCAUCCUCAGUAUUAUUCAAUGCCAAUUUACCUGGCAACGCCUCCACAGUGAUCUCUGAUCCUAAAUCAGCAUUAGCAGGUACUUCACAACAGGUAUCAAGACACUGUACAAAUGGGAUCCUAUUGGAUGGCCAACCAAUUGUUAAAAAGAGAAGAGGAAGGAAAAAGAAUGUGGAAGGAAUAGACAUCCUCUUUAUGAACAGGAGCAAAUCAAUACAACCGGUUAAUGUUGAGUUAACCAACAAACAAACAGCUUUCAGUCUAUCUCAAGGACAACUUGAUGUUGAAAGUCAUGUUUCGGUUAUUAACGUGAAAAAUGGCGCAAGACUCACAGGGGAUGAUGCUCCAAAAAGAAAAGAUUUAGAGGAGUGGCUCAAGGACCACCCAGACUAUGUGGCAGAUGUGUCAUCGCGUGUUCCAAAAAUUGUUAAACCUGAGAUUUUGGGUGAUCGGCCAAAGCAAAAAAGACAUCGGUGCAGAAACCCUAACAAAAUAGAUGUCAAAAGUCUGACUGGAGAAGAACGUGUGCCUGUUAUAAAUAGAAGAAAUGCCAAAAAGGUGGGUGGUUCACUAGCUCCUCCAAUCAAAGACCUGGAGAGGUGGCUGCUGGAAAAUCCAGAUUUUGGAAUUGCGCCAGAAUGGGCAAAUGUAGUAAAGCAGUCGGGGUAUUUACCAGAAAACAUGUUUGACCGCAUUCUCACAGGACCUGUUGUGCGCGAGGAGGUUAGUCGAAGAGGCAGACGCCCAAAAAGUGAGCUCACCAAAGCUGCUGCUGCGGCUGCUGCAGCCAUGACUGUUAAUCCCUUAGUCGCCAAUGGCCUUCUAGCUGGGAUGGACUUAAACAGCCUCCAAAGCUUGCAGCAGAAUCUCCAGAAUUUACAAUCUUUACAACUGACAGCUGGAUUAAUGGGAUUCCCUGCAGGCAUUCCAUCUGCAGGAGGAGAUGCUAAAUCCCUGGCGUCAAUGUUUCCUAUGAUGCAUUCUAGUAUGGCAGGGUUACCAAAUAUAUUUGGUAUGGGAGAAUUACUGAAUAAACCUUCAGAGACUGGUCCCAAGGAUAGAAAGGGAAAUAGCACUAUAGAUUCCUUCAAGCCAACAGAUGGGACAAAUGAAAGGACAGAGAAACAAAAUAUGGAUGUUUGUAGUGAAAUCUCUGUGUCAAGUUCUGCUACAUCUUCUCCUAAGAAGCUUACGCCAACCACAAGUGCUUCUGCCUCAGCAACAUCCAGCAGUCCUCUGGCUAUUAAUCCACUGUUGUUGUCCAGUAUGCUUUACCCAGGCAUUCUACUCUCUCCAGGCCUUAACAUACCUAUCCCAGGUUUUCCUCAGACUAAUAUCUUUGAUGUACAGACUAAUAGGAAUACAAAUGUAACCAUGCCCAAGCCUACAAAGGAGACAGCAGAACAUCACGAGAGAACAGAACAGAAUUCUUCACAUGAAAACAGUGGAGACGAUGCAUCUGAGAAAGCAGCAUCGUUGUCCACGAGUGAAGACACAACUCAACCAGAUGAUUCAGAUUCCAGUGAAGAAGACUGAACCUGAAAUAAUAUAUUUAAUCUUACACUGGAACAGCUUUAUUGGUAGUAUAAAUGGUUCAUUUGUAAAUAGCCCAGUGAUGAUUUGGAAAAAAUACUCAUCUGUGAUUAACUGAAAGAAUUUCAGUAUCUGUUUAAAGGUACAACGUAUUUAAUGGUACCUUGCAUGUAAAGUUGUUUUGGGAGGCUAACAAAAUCCAUGUGUGCUAUCAGUUGUAACAAAUACUGAAGCAUCACAGUGCUAGUUGUUAAUUUUUUUAGGGGAUUAAUUUUAAUAAAAGAAAUAUGCACCAUGAGAGCCGUAUAUUUAAUAUAUUUGGUGUGAACUAGGGAAAAUGAGAAUACCUUUAUGCAUAUCAUAUUAACUUACUGUAUAUAAAUCCACAAACUCCUUGACACUCAUUUCAGUACUCAGAUCAAACUGCAGGAGACACAGCAAUAACCCUGGCAGCUAAUGAAUGUCAUUAAAACUGUAGAAUAUACAUCUUGAUAAUGCAACAUGGCAACAGUCGAAAUGGAAGUUUGCAUUUUAUUGCUAAAGUGUUGUGAUGCACUGUCAGUUUUAAAAUUCAGGUACACUUCUGAGUUAUUUGGAAGAUUUUUUUUUCCCAAUCAGCCAUAAAACUGGCUAUUUAUUUAUUACCUCAGCUGUGCUAGUUUAGAAGGUUUACAGAAGUAGUUUCUAUAAUAUUCGCUUUGUUCGCAGUUUGCAAGAUGUCUCAUUUAUUACAUUACGUAGCUGGUUGUAGUGAGUGCUUUCACCUUGCAUGUGUUCUUUCUCUGCAAGUGAUUAAAAGGGGCAAGGUGUCAUGGGAAGUCAAAUUGAUAUGUGCAGUAUAUUCUGCCUGGUCAUUCAUUUCAUGGGAAUGAUUAGUUGGUGUCUCAACAUAGGCAGCAGAAAUAGGAAUAGUGUCCAGAAAGGAUACUUUGAAUCUGAUUUACAUUAUCUAGCUUCUUCUUUGUGAAUACAUAAGGAGCUAUUCAGUAAAUUAAAAUACACAAUGCAUUCCUGCCAAAAAUCACUAUAGGAAUUGAUGAAAUAAAAGUAUACAAUUAGAAGAGGGAGUGAUGCAUUUUAUUCUACAGUUUUCAGUGUUUAUUAUCACUGCAGAGCAGUGUGCGAGUUCGCUGCAUUGGAAAAUAUAAUUGUUUCCGCUGCAGUGAAAUAUUGUUUGGCACGCAUUAUCAUCUUUCCAUAGGAACCAUGCCAACCUCUAUUUGGAAAGGGCUGUGGGUACAGUGCUGAUCCAAUUUAAAUUUAGGUCCCCAGCAACUAUUACCUUCCAGCGUCAUACCAAUCAAUGCUGAACAGCAGUUUUACGUUGGGCAUUCAGUACUGAAUUUGAGAAUUAACCAGAAGUCUCCCGACAUAAGAAGCUCAUCAGGUACUAACAGAAUAGAGCACUAUUGACUGGAUGCAUUGCAGAAUUAUCUUACUUGUGAAUUGACUGUAUAUUUCUGUUUGUUACACUAACAUAACGUAAAUGCACAGUAAUUUUAAUUUAAUACAAGGUAUUCCUCUCCGCUGUCAGUAAUUAGACUGGAAAAAUCGUCGUCAAAAGCUGGUGUUAAAUUAUUGCAAAGCAGUGUUACAUGCACAAGUACCCACACGCUAGAAGCAAAGGCAAUUAAUGCUAUUUGCAGUAUUGAGAAUUUAUAUUGAUUUCACAGUUAGAAAUGUAUUUAGAGACAACAGUUUACAAAGAGAGGUUUAAUAUGCAGUCACUUUUUUAAAGCUGUUGUAUCCCACUUUUUGCUUGUUUUCAUAGACCAAUUCCAUACCCACCAAAAACAAAGUACAAUGCCCAAUUUUGCUGUGCAGUGUAUAGGUAUAAACUGAAUAUUUUUUAAAUACAUGAAAGGGGGACAAAUGAAACAGCACAGAAACAAAUUAAUUUUGAACUUGUUCUUCUGGGUUACUUGAUGAGCUUGAAGUCUGAUCCUUAAUGUGUACAGAAUUUAACAGAUUAUAUUUCACCGAAAAUUUGACAAGGUUUGGUUGUGUUGCAAGUAUUUCUGCUAGAAAAUUGGCAUUGUUAUACACCCAACAAAAUUCCAUUAUUCUAAACAGGGCAAGUUUUAACAUUUUUGACAAAAACAUAUAUUCGAUCCACUGCUUUUGAGCAUUUUUUAAUCCAACAGAUGCAAGAAUCACUUUGAAAACAGUUGCAACCUCCAAGUAAUUACAGUACUGAUUUUAAUAUUCAAGUCAACAAUGAAUGAUAUUUUGAAGACUGGAAUAUGUGUAGGAUGGUAUUUGGAUUUUUCAAACGCAGUUUGUAGAUGCCACCUAAAAGGAUACCACAGCUUUAAAAAGUAUGCAAACUAAGUGAAUACUUUAAAUAUUUUUUACAGUAAUUUUGUAGUGCUAAACACAGGCAGCAUUAAACUAAAUUAUAAUGUGCUGGUUUCUUUAUAUACCGAAUUGCUCCUUCUGUCUGAAAUGAAGCAUUACUGUAUAUAAAAGUUUGUUUCCCUGAAGUCUAGUAAUUAAUUAAAGUAUUUUUGUCAUUAUACUCUUACAAUGGUGAGAUCUGACAGACCACAGCUUUCAAACAUGUAUGUAAAAUGUCACAUUGUCUCCUUUUGCCUCCAGAUUAGAUUUAAUAACCGUUUCCUUUGUUUUUACUGACUCUCAAUAAUUGUGUUUGGAUGGUAUGACUUUGGUCCUGCUUUUUUAAUAUUUAAAAAAAAAAGUCUACAGAAGUAAAACUACAGGAGACAACAAUGUGUAGCAAUCAGUGGCUGAUGCAAUGCACCAAUGUCGCGUUAGUCAACACGAGCAAACACACAAAAGAAUUACACUAAUACAUGCUGCCAUUAACAGGAUCACUGAUGAGUUGGUAAAUUGAAUAUGUGUAUUUGUAGUUAUUGUAAGUCAAACUUUGGUAGCUGCUCUGACCAUGUAUUUAAUUAUGUUGCUGGAGGCUUGAUGAUUAAGUGUGUUUUUAUUUUGAACAAUUGCAGUACUUGCAGGUUGUAUUCUGUGUAGUCUGAAUUGGCUUUCUGUAGUACAAUGAGUCUUAAAAGUCAUUUGUAAUUUAUUGAAUUACUUUCUAUGAAGUUCUAUAGAGCAAAUGGAAGUUUAAUUAUUUUUAUUAAACCUAUUCUUUGACUACC